AUGACUUGUGGUGAGUAUCUGGCCGACUUCAUUCGUGUUACUGGCGGCUAUGUGGAGAAUCCUUCUGCUACUAGUGCUUGCUCAUUUUGUCGUAUUUCCGAGACGAAUAAGUUCCUUGCGGGGACUGCGACGAAUCCUGAUGAUGUAUGGAUGGACUUUGGGAUUAUGUGGAUUUACAUUGGUUUUAAUAUUCUUGGUGUAGGCUUUCUUUACUGGAUGUUCAGGGUUCCUAAGAAGAUGACAGUGCAUGAGACGGCUAUGGUUGAUGAAUGA